AUGGACGUCCUUUCGACUAGCACUCCCAACGGGGAUCCCGGUUCUACGACGAUCUUGGAACCCGUGGAUCCCCUUGACGUCCUCGAACACAUCGCGAAUCUGAUUGAGACUACACUGGGUGCCGCAAGAAGAGAGCUCGAAGCAGUUGGCAGCCUUUUGUCCAAAGCCAGUCGUCCCGAGUCCCUCAACAAAUGUGCUCGAUUUGCCGUCGAUCCUCAAAUUACUCUCUAUGCGCAGAAGGAUGUACGGGAAGAUUUGGUUAACGGCCAUGAUGAUACUCCAAAAAUCGAACACCUCUAUACCCUCUCGUCCGAGUUGUCCCCUGCACCGACGACUGUUGCCACAAUCGCUUUUCUAAAACUCUCUGGGCCGCUUGAUGGACGAAAGUCGAUUGUCAGUCAGAUUCAAGUCUUCAAUCUCCCGGGUUCCUACAAUAUUGGAGGUGAAGCAAAUACCGGCGGAGAUGUUAUCUCACCCUACGAAGUAGUCUACUCACUCCUCCACAACGUUCUCAGCCCGUACUUUGAGGCGUACACCCGACAGCAUGGCUCCACAAACCGGAAUUGGUAUGAUCCUCAGGCGAAAGGCGGGAUUCCUGGUGCGAAGAGAAGAAUGGCGGAGCUGGAAAUGAGCCUGCUGCACCUGCAACAAAACACUGAUAUUCCAAUGAUACACCUGCCAAUUCACGAAGUGGUAAUGGGAGCCUUGCAAAAUGCCGAAGCCCAAGGCAUGUCACCUUCUGUGCAAUUGAUUCCGGCCCACGUCCUUGAGAAUACCACUGUUCUGAACAGCAUUCAAAAUCAUGUCAUUGGGUGGAUCAAGUCCAUACAGAAUAUUACCAAAUUGACCAAGGAUGUCAAGGAUGCAACCCCGACACAGACCUCUGCGGCGCAAGAGAUCAGUUUUUGGCUGUCUCUGGAGGCUUCAUUGAACAAACUAGUGGAAGAAAUAAGUCUCGACCACGUCCGUUUGACGUUGGACAUUCUGAAGAAGGCCAAGCGGCAACAGGCGGUCGUAAGUUUCGAAACCGACACCGGCUGGAGAGACGCCCUCGAAGUCGUGCGGAACUACAACACUCUCAUGAGAGACUUCCCGUUGGAGGAAUUGUCUUCUGCAACGUCCCUGCAAAAGCUGGCAGAAGCCCUUGUCCUAAUCUUUAAUCACCUGAACAAGAAAUGGAGGGUGUGCAGCUACCCCAUCCGCCGAGCACUCAGGCUGGUGGAGGGUAUGUCGGAGGACAUGAAUACUCAAAUUCUGCGUCUCCUUCAAGGCCGCUCGAUAAUGUCACUCAGCUGGGAUGAGUUUACCGAUCUGAUGAACUCGGUCAAUCUGGUCUGGGAGACUUGGGAUGAUCAAAUGAAAAGUUUCACAGCUGUUGCUCGGGAGAUUACAAGACGCAAAAACACCGACUUUGUGCCCGUAAAGAUAGUUCCUAGACACGCCCAAACUCAGGAGCGACUGCGGUACGUCUACCGCUUCCGAAACGACCACGAACAACUGCGCCGAACGAUUAUCAACGUACUUGGAUCCAAAGCCCACACGACCGACUCAACCCGACCAGCGGAUGAUGGCGGAGCUGCUAUCAUCGAGGAGCUAGGAGACGUUGAUGCCGUUGAAGAAGUUGCCGGUGCCUAUGACAUAGUCCGCCACGUGGAUGUGCUGGACGUGUCUCCAAAAGGAACAGAAAUUUGGGUCCAGGCUGAGAUGCAGUACACCGAGCGGACAUCUCGAGUGGAGGAUUCUAUCAUUGCAAGGUUAAGGGAUCGCUUGGGCAAAGCGAAGACGGCAAACGAAAUGUUUCGAGUUUUCGAAAAGUUCAACGCUUUACUGGUCAGACCGAAAGUUCGAGGGGCCAUCGCAGCAUAUCAAACUCAGCUCCUGGACAAUGUCAAGAACGCUAUCGCCUCUCUCCACGAAAGAUUCAAACAACAGUACGGUGGCUCCGAAGCACAGAUGAUGGCUCAACUUCGCGACAUCCCUCCUGUAGCAGGUGCAAUUCUAUGGGUCCGUCAAAUCGAAGCACAGUUGAAUAACUACAUGUCCAAGGUCCAAGCCGUCCUGGGAGAGGACUGGAUGCUGCAUACAGACGGCGAGAAGUUGGAAGCUGAGAGCAACCUGUUUCGAAAGAAGCUCACAACGAGAGACAUCUAUGAAGCAUGGCUUAGGGAUGUUCAAGCGAGAGACAUCUCCGUUACCGGUAGGUUGUUCUCCAUCUCCCGGAGUCGUACAGCCAACGGUGCUAUGGAACUCAUUGUGAACUUUGACAACCAUGCCAUUUCUCUGUUCAAGGAGGUCAGAAAUCUGAGCUGGCUGAAUUACCAAAUCCCGCACCGGAUAGCAACAACCGCGAAACAAGCUCAGCGCGUGUAUCCGUACGCUUUGAGUCUUAUGGAAAGUGUUGCAGGGUACUUUUCCGCUGUCCGAGCCAUUCAGGAAAUGCCCAACACCGCACCUCUGAUGGCAGGCUAUGAGAAGGAAGUGCAGAGUCUCUUUGCCACCGGCAUCAAGUUACGAUGGGACUCUUUCAUCCAUUCCUACGAAUUGCACAUCAAAGGAAAAGCCACUACCAACGACUCGGCUCAUGUGCAGUAUGUUCGUGACUUGGCUUCCGCGGUCACAACUCUGCAAAGCAAGACUGCGACUGUACGAAGCCUUGAUCAGAGCAUCCAAGUUGCUCUUUCGGAGAUGAAGAGCUGCCCUUACACUGCGAAGAAUUUCCAAGCUCAAAUGGACAUUAUCCAGAACGCUGUGGACAAGAUGAACUUGGAGAACUACUCAAAUCUCUCUAACUGGGUGUCUCAAUUAAACUUGCAACUGCGCCAUAUCUUUGAGGAACGAUUACGAGCUGCACUGAAGUACUGGAUCGCGUCUUUCACUUCAACGGAUGAACAAUACCCAGCCUCAGAGGAGGCAAUGCACCAUGUUCAGUUUCCCCUCACACAAGUCGAGAUAAUGAUGAACAAUCAAACAGUUUUCGUCGACCCUCCUCUCAACUUCGUCAGGGCAUCGUGGGUACUCCAGCUAGAAGACUGGCUGGAGGUUUUGUGUCACUUGCCGCAGGUCAGAGCUUCUCGAUACUCAGUGACUGCGGAUAUCGGCUCACCACAAGCAACGCCUUCAUUCACAGAUCUGCCAUUGCAGAAUGUAGAGGUUCUGCAGUCCGCCUACAGCGCCAUCGAUAGUAGGAUCGAAAACAUGGCUGUCUACCUCGAGGAGUGGUACACCUAUCAGAAUUUGUGGGAUCUCCGGAGUGAUCAAUUACAUGAGAGCCUUGGUGACGAUCUCGCCCAAUGGCACCAGUUACUACAAGAAGUCCGUCAUGCUCGUUCGACUUUUGAUACCUCUGAGGGACGCAAGGGUUUUGGCAGUGUUGUCUUCGAUUAUGAGCAAGUCCAAUCAAAGAUCACGCAGAAGUAUGAUCAAUGGCAAUAUGAGAUAACCAGCAAAUUUGGUGGCAUUCUCGGCAAUCGCAUGGCGGAAGUGUACACCGAUAUGAAGCGAUCGCGCCUCGAGCUCGAAAAUCACUCCCUUGAGGCGUCAUCCACGGCGCAAGCCGUUGCAUUCAUCACUAUUGUCCAACAAUGCAGACGAAAUGCUAUGAUUUGGGGGCCUGAAGUCGAGAUCUUCAGGCAAGGCCAGACUACACUUUCAAGGCAGCGGUACAAUUUUGCGAGUGAUUGGCUCUCUGCAAACCAACUCAGUGACGAAUGGGAUGCUUUCGAAGAGAUAUUGAAUCGCAAAAGCAAGGUCGUUGAAGAUCAGACAGAUGCGUUGCGGGCCAACAUCAUUGCAGAAGAUCGCGUUAUCGGCAGCCGCAUUGCUGAUGUGGUUGCUCAGUGGACAGAGGAGAAGCCGGUUUCCGGAACAAUACCACCUGGAGAAGCCGCCGAGCUCUUGCGUGUGUAUCAAGCCCGUAUGGAGAAGUUGCAAGCAGAAGCCGAAACUGUCUCGCGAGCAAAAGAAGCCCUUGCAUUGCCAUCCACCCGGGAUGAUUCUUUAGCUGCUGCUUUGGAGGAAGUGAGCGAUUUCAAGUCUGUCUGGUCGGCGCUGUCAACGAUAUGGCAAAGCAUUAACGAACUCCGCGAUAUGUUGUGGACGAGUUUACAACCACGAAAGCUUCGUCAAUCAUUAGAUGGCCUAGUGAAGAUGACGAAAGAGAUGCCCAGUCGAAUGCGGCAAUAUGCGGCUUUCGAGCACGUCCAGACAGUUCUACGCCAGUUGAUCAAGGCAAAUCCACUUCUGAACGACCUCAAGUCCGAUGCCAUUCGAGAAAGACACUGGUUGAAGAUCUACAAAGCCUUGAAGCCCAACAAGAGAUACUCCGAGGUAUCGAUGACCUUGGGCGAUGUCUGGGAUCUUCAGUUGAUCACCAGCGAAGCCACUAUCCGGGACAUUAUCGUGCAAGCAAGGGGAGAGUUGGCCCUUGAAGAGUUCGUUCGACAAGUACGGGAGACUUGGCAAAGCUAUCCACUUGAUCUGGUAAACUAUCAGAACAAGUGCCGACUCAUUCGGGGCUGGGAUGACCUUUUCUCGAAAUGCAGUGAGAACCUGAAUUCCCUUCAAGCUAUGCGGCACUCUCCGUAUUACAAAGAGUUUGAGGAAGAAGCCUCGUCGUGGGAAGACAAGCUGAAUCGCGUCCAUGUUCUGUUCGAUAUCUGGAUUGACGUCCAGCGACAGUGGGUCUACUUAGAAGGCGUCUUCACUGGCAACAACGAUAUCAAACAUCUUCUGCCCACCGAGUCCAGCAGAUUCUCGAACAUCAACACAGAAUUUUCCGCGGUCAUGAAGAAGGUCUAUAAAUCUCCCUUUGUCAUGGAUGUCCUCGCGAUCCCUGGAGUGCAGAAAUCUUUAGAACGUCUAGCGGAACUCUUGAGCAAAAUUCAGAAGGCCUUGGGCGAGUACCUCGAACGGGAGCGUGUCUCUUUCCCUCGAUUCUAUUUUGUUGGUGAUGAAGACUUGCUCGAGAUCAUUGGCAACAGCAAUGACAGCAGCCGCGUCGCAAAGCACUUCAAGAAGAUGUUUGCUGGGAUAUCUGGUGCGGAAGUGACUGAUGACAAUACCAUUGCAGCUAUUACCUCAAAGGAAGGCGAGAUCGUCAGGCUGAAGAAGGAAGUUUCUCUCAUCAAACUCCCCAAAAUCAACGAUUGGCUUACAGCUCUCGAUACCAGUGUCAAGCAGACGUUGGCCGAGUUGCUUGCGGAAGCUGCCACUGCUUUCAAGCCGUUGUUCACUGCGCCUGAACUCGACGUUCACCAAUUUCAAGAGUAUAUGACGUGCUUCCCUGCUCAGAUAAUGAUCCUAGCGGCGCAAGUCGUAUGGACCGAGCUUGUUCAAGAAGCGCUUGAAGGUGGCGGCCAAGGAUUAUCGAAACUUCACGAGUAUGAAGUGCGUCUGCUCGACGUCCUGGCCGAGAGCGUAUUGCAAGACCUUCCCGCCUUAACUCGCAAGAAGUGCGAGCACUUCAUCACUGAGGCUGUUCAUCAACGAGACGUGAUCGCAAAGCUCAUGGAAGCCGAAGCAAAUACACCUGGACAUUAUCUCUGGCUUCUGCAGAUGCGGUACGUUUAUGAUCCCAAUGCAGAUCUGAUGAACCGUCUUCGCAUUCAAAUGGCAAAUGCAGACCUGGACUAUGGUUAUGAAUAUCUUGGUGUGCCAGAUCGCCUGGUUCGAACACCACUGACCGAUCGUUGCUUUUUGACCCUUACACAAGCUAUUUGCCAAAGACUCGGGGGUUCACCGUAUGGUCCUGCAGGAACUGGAAAGACUGAAUCAGUCAAGGCCCUAGGGCUUCAACUAGGCCGGUUCACAUUGGUCUUCUGCUGCGACGACACCUUCGACUUCCAGGCAAUGGGCCGCAUAUUCCUAGGACUAUGUCAGGUUGGGGCUUGGGGUUGUUUUGAUGAAUUUAAUCGUCUCGAAGAACGAAUUCUCUCCGCUGUGUCACAACAGAUUCAAAAUAUACAAAUUGGCCUCAAAAACUCCACCAACGAGCAGAAGGCGCAAAUCGACCUGGUUGGGCGCCGCUUCAGAGUCAACCCAAAUUCUGGCUUGUUCAUCACGAUGAAUCCUGGAUACGCCGGCCGUUCCAACCUGCCAGACAAUUUGAAGAAGCUCUUUAGGAGUGUUGCAAUGUCUAAGCCAGACAAGGAGCUUAUCGCCGAAGUCAUGCUUUUCUCGCAAGGCUUCAAGCAAGCCAGGUAUAUUUCACACCAGGUCGUCCCGUUCUUCGACCACUGUGCGCAGCGGCUUUCGAAGCAACCUCACUACGAUUUCGGUCUAAGAGCGCUGAAAAGUGUCCUGAUUAGCUCUGGCGGGCUCAAGAGGGUCCGGAUGCAAACGCCAGAAGGGAUUCCCGGGGACGAAAGCAUCAUUGAGCCGCAAAUCAUUGUGCAAAGCAUUCGAGAAACCGUGUCUCCAAAGUUGAUCAAAGAAGACGUCGAAAUUCUCAUCGAAGUUCAGGCAGAAGACUUUCCCGGCGUGGAUUAUGUUCCUGCAAACAUGACCAAGCUGACGGAGGCAAUCAAGCAAGUAAUGCAAGAGCAGCAUCUCACAGAAAGCGAGGCUUGGAUGACGAAGAUCCUUCAGCUGUAUCAAAUACAAAAUAUCCACCACGGCGUCAUGAUGGUUGGACAAUCCGCUUCUGGCAAAUCUGCUAUAUGGAGGGUCCUACUUCAAGCCCUGCAAAAAGUCGAAGGAGUCGAAGGAGUAUACCAUGUGAUUGACCCGAAGGUUAUGUCCAAGGAAGCACUCUAUGGCAGCCUUGACAGCACGACCCGAGAGUGGACUGAUGGCUUGUUCACCGCCAUCCUACGGAAAGUCGUUGACAAUCUUCGUGGCGAGGACAGUAAGCGGCAUUGGAUCGUUUUUGACGGAGACGUCGAUCCCGAAUGGGUUGAAAACUUGAACAGCGUUCUCGACGACAACAAACUACUGACGCUCCCGAAUGGUGAACGAUUAAACCUGCCGCCAAAUGUUCGAAUCAUGUUCGAAGUCGAGAGCCUCAAAUAUGCCACCCUUGCCACGGUCAGUCGUUGUGGCAUGGUGUGGUUCUCCGAUGACACAGUCAGCCCGUCGCUCAUGAUAGAUCACUUCCUUCAGAAGCUCGCUGAUCGGACAUUUGAGGAUUUGGAUGAUGAGAUCAAAGCAGCUGGGCUCAGCACAAAAGCUCAAGAUACACAGCGCCACGUGGUUGAGACCCUGAAAGAUUUGAUGGAGCGUGAUGAUCUUCUUCUGAAAGCACUAUCGUCUGCAGCAGUUCACAAGCAUAUCAUGGAAUUCACUACUGCCAGGGCUCUUGGUAGUCUGUUCAGUCUGCUAGCUAAAGGAUGCCGCACUAUCCUGGAGUACAACAUGAACCAUCCCGAAUUCCCCCUUGAUCCCGAGCAGACAGAGGCCUUUAUUUCGAAGAAGCUUCUAUUGGCGAUCGUCUGGAGCUUUGUGGGCGAUUCUUCUCUAGGGGUCCGUAAGGAGUUCGGUGAUUUCCUGUCUUCAAUGACGAACGUCGACAUACCGACCCUCGACAGCUCUACUUCUCUCAUUGAUCAUGAUGUGACCUUGCCUCACGCUCAGUGGGUGCCAUGGCAGGCGCAAGUCCCAACAGUUGACCUGAACACACAUUCAAUCACGCAAACUGAUGUUAUCAUACCAACGAUCGAUACGGUCCGACAUGAGGAUGUCCUGUACUCGUGGUUGUCGGAACAUAAACCAUUGAUGCUGUGUGGCCCCCCGGGUUCUGGUAAAACAAUGACUCUUUUCAGUGCCCUUCGGAAACUUCCCGAUAUGGAGGUUGUCGGUCUCAAUUUUUCCAGUGCCACGCAGCCAGAGCUCGUCAUCAAGACAUUUGAGCAAUACUGCGAGUAUAAGAAGACCCUCAAUGGAAUGGUGCUUUCCCCCACCCAACUUGGUCGGUGGCUGGUCAUUUUCUGCGACGAGAUCAAUCUUCCUGCCCCCGAUAAAUACGGUACUCAGCGCGCUAUAAGUUUCCUGCGGCAGCUUGUGGAACAAAAUGGGUUUUGGCGCACGACUGACAGAGUGUGGGUGACUUUGGAACGUAUUCAAUUCGUCGGCGCUUGCAAUCCACCAGAAGAUGUGGGACGUCAUCCCAUGGGAGACAGAUUCUUGAGACACGCACCCGUGGUCAUGGUCGACUAUCCUGGCGAGGUCUCCUUAACCCAGAUCUAUGGGACCUUCAACAACGCUGUUCUCAAGGUGGUACCGUCACUACGGGGAUUUGCAGAAGCUCUCACGCACGCAAUGGUCGAGUUUUACUUGAAGUCUCAAGCCAGAUUUACGCCGGAUAUUCAGCCUCACUAUGUUUACUCGCCUCGAGAACUCACCCGAUGGGUUCGCGGCAUAUACGAGGCUAUAGCGCCUCUCGAACACCUCUCAUUGGAGGGACUGAUUCGUAUCUGGGCGCACGAGGCAUUGCGACUGUUUCAAGAUCGACUUGUAGAACAAGACGAGCGGGCUUGGACAUCUGAUAUGGUUCGACAGACGGCGCUAGAACACUUCCCCACGGCCGACAUCAAUCAAGCCUUACAGGGACCGAUCCUGUUCUCUAACUGGCUUUCGAAGAAUUAUGUCUCUGUUGAGCAAGAACAACUACGUGAAUUUGUCAAGGCACGUCUGAAGACGUUCUGCGAGGAAGAGGUUGAUGUUCCUCUCGUGUUGUUCAAUGAUGUACUCGAGCAUGCUCUGCGCAUUGACCGAGUGUUCCGGCAACCACAAGGCCAUCUCAUCCUAAUCGGCACCAGCGGUAGCGGCAAGACCACGCUAUCUAGGUUCGUAGCCUGGAUGAACGGUUUGACUAUCUUCCAGAUCAAAGUCCAUGGGCGGUACUCUGCAGAAGACUUUGAUGAUGAUUUGAGAGGGGUUCUCCGAGCAUGUGGCUGCCGAGGCCAAAAGAUUUGCUUCAUCAUGGACGAAUCCAAUGUGCUAGACUCUGGUUUCCUGGAGCGGAUGAACACAUUGCUUGCUAAUGGAGAAGUCCCCGGUCUUUUUGAGGGAGACGAAUACUCUGCUCUCAUGACUGCUUGCAAAGAAGGCGCUCAACGACAAGGUCUUCUUCUAGAUUCGCAAGAAGAGCUUUACAAGUGGUUCACCCAGCAAAUUGUCCGCAACCUGCAUGUCGUAUUCACAAUGAAUCCGCCACAGGACGGUCUCUCGUCGAAGGCAGCCACCAGCCCGGCCUUGUUCAACAGAUGUGUUCUCAACUGGAUGGGCGACUGGUCGGAUCAAGCUCUCUUUCAGGUUGGCUACGAGCUCACACACUCAAUCGAUCUUGACAAGCCGAAUUUUUCCGCCCCUGAUAGCAUUCCUGUCGCUUAUCGUGGUUUGUCGCUUCCUGCCUCGCACCGCGAUACGAUUAUUAACGCAAUGGUGCACAUACAUUACUCUGUCCAGAAGACCAAUGAGCGACUGGAGAGUCAACAGGGCAUUGUCACUUAUCUCACUCCUCGGCACUACCUUGAUUUCGUUACGCAGUUCCGCAAGCUCUUCAGGGAGAAGCGCGAAGAUCUCGAAGAACAACAACGUCACCUCAACGUCGGGCUAGAUAAGCUUCGGGAUACUGUCGAUAAAGUACGUGAUUUGAGAGCAAGCUUGGCUCAGAAGAAGCAUCAGCUGGAGCUAAAGGACGCCGAGGCGAAUGAAAAGCUUCAACGGAUGGUUGCAGAUCAACGAACUGCGGAGUCGCAGAAAACCACCUCCAUUGAGAUACAAACCGAGUUGGAGAAACAGGAGAAAGAGAUCGCUAGCCGGAAGGAGAUCGUGCUAGAAGACUUGGCCAAGGCGGAACCCGCUGUCAUAGAGGCUCAGCGAAGCGUCAGCAAUAUCAAGAGACAACAUCUCACCGAGGUGAGGUCCAUGGCUAAUCCUCCAGCUGGUGUUAAGCUUGCUUUGGAAUCAGUAUGCACCUUACUUGGUCACAAGGUCGAGAACUGGAAAGCCAUUCAACCUGUUGUUCGACGGGACGAUUUUAUUGCAAACAUUGUCAAUUACGACAAUGAGAAAGACAUGACCCCAAGUCUACGGCAGAAGAUGCGCCACGACUACCUGUCCAACGAUGACUUCACCUUUGAGAAGGUCAACCGUGCAAGCAAAGCAUGUGGGCCUCUGGUACAGUGGGUUGAAGCCCAAGUCAAUUACUCUGAGAUUCUUGACCGAGUGGGACCUCUGCGUGCUGAGGUAGAGCAACUUGAAGACAAGGCUCUCCAAACCAAAGCAGAAGCGAAAGCCAUUGAAAACAGAAUCGCUAAGCUAGAGGAGAGCAUUGCCACCUACAAAACAGAAUAUGCUGCCCUCAUCAGUGAAACGCAAGCAAUCAAGGGUGAAAUGGCACGAGUUCAGACGAAGGUAGACCGCAGUCUCCGUCUGCUCGACAGUCUGUCUUCCGAACGAGUCAGAUGGGAGGCAGCUAGUAAGUCGUUUGAGACGCAAAUCCAGACGCUGGUUGGAGAUGUAGUCAUUGCAUCGGCAUUCCUGGCAUAUGGAGGUCUCUACGAUCAACAGUUCAGGAAGACAAUGGUCGAUGAUUGGAUGCAUCAUAUGUCACAAUCCGGCAUUUCCUGCAAGAGCGAUGGCUCUGUCCUUGGAUAUCUGUCGUCCGCCGACGAACGCCUUCAAUGGCAGCGUCACUCUCUUCCAGCUGAUGACUUGUGCAUGGAGAAUGCCAUCAUGCUCAAGCGCUUCAAUCGAUAUCCGUUGAUCAUUGAUCCACCCGGCAGAGUGACAGAAUUCUUGAAACAAGAACACCAAGGACGGAAGCUAACGGUGACAAGCUUCCUGGACGACGCCUUCACGAAGCAGCUUGAGAGCGCCCUGCGCUUUGGCAAUCCGAUUCUGAUUCAGGACGCCGAAUAUCUGGAUCCUAUAUUGACGCAUGUCUUGAACAAGGAAUACCAGAAGACUGGUGGGCGAGUACUUAUCCAGCUUGGCAAGCAAGAGAUCGACUUUUCAGAGCAGUUCCAGCUUUAUCUAUCUACUCGGGACCCUUCGGCGGCCUUUGCUCCAGACGUUUGCAGCAGAACUACCUUCAUCAACUUCACCGUUACCCGCAGUAGUCUACGGACACAGUCUUUGAACGAAGUUCUCAAAGCCGAGCGACCAGAUGUCGAUAAACGAAGAACAAACUUGAUCAAAAUGCAGGGCGAGUUUGAUACAAAUCUUAGGCAAUUGGAGAAGAGGCUCUUGCAAGCUCUCAACGAAUCCCGGGGUAAUAUUCUUGAUGAUGACAACGUCAUCCAGACUCUCGAAACACUCAAAAAGGAGGCUGCGGUCAUCACAAAGAAGGUCGCGGAAACGGAAGGCGUCAUGGCAGAAGUCGAGCGUAUCACACAAGGCUACAGUCACAUCGCCAACGCCUGCAGUGCCAUCUUUGCCUUGCUCGAGCAGCUUCACCAUCUCAACCAUGGGUAUCGCUUCUCACUACCAUAUUUCAUCGACAUUUUCAACUCAGUGCUCCACAACAACCCACAUCUUGCCAACGAGACAAAUCACGAAGAACGUGGGGAGAUCAUCCUGAAGGACAUAUUCGUUGAGACUUAUCGACGAACAUCCCUAUCUCUGUUGCAAAAGGAUCGCAUCACCCUGGCAAUGCUGCUAGUCCGCGCCUCUCCAUACAAAUUUGAUCGAUCUGCCAUGGAAUUGAUACUAGAAGACCGACCGCAUUCCCGAGGCACUGUGCCCAGUGACACUCGCGCCGAGGACGUGUUGGCAGCUGUGAACCGUAUCCCUAUUUUCAAGAGCGACAAGAUUGGCCCGACGAGCAAGAGUUGGGUACAGUUCCUCUCGGCGGAGCGUGCAGAGCACUGUGUUCCCACGCUCUGGAACGAUACUGACAAUAUGAUCGACCAAAACCUUUAUAAGUUGCUCCUUGUCAAGCUGGCCCGACCGGACAGGUUUUUGCCCGCAGCACAGGCACUCGUCGCUAAUGUUUUUGGAUCCGAAAUCUUUCAGGGUACUGAUGACCUGGCAACGAUUGUCAAUCAAGUCAACUCCUCGAUCCCGAUUGCACUCUGCUCCAACCCCGGGUUUGACGCAAGUUAUAAGGUCGAUGCCCUUGUGGAGAAGCAGAACGCAAAUUGCGCCAAUGUUGCGAUGGGCUCUGACGAAAGUGUUGCGAGUGCUGAUAAAGCCAUCACCAGUGCAGCCGCAAACGGUACCUGGGUCUUGAUCAAGAACGUCCAUCUCGCACCUCAAUGGCUGCAGAGCUUGGAGAAGCGCCUUUCGGCCCUCAAACCGCACAAUGACUUCAGAUUGUUCCUCUCUAUGGAGUCAAGCCCGAAAAUACCCGUCAAUCUCCUUCAAGCCUCCAGGACACUCGUGUUUGAACAGCCAGCCGGCAUGAGAGCGAACAUGAAGGACACCUUGACGGUGGUGUCAGACCGGGGAGCCCGAACCCCUGUCGAGAAAGGCAGGCUUUACCUACUGCUCUGCUUCUUGCAUGCCGUACUCCAAGAGCGACUUAGAUAUGCCCCGACUCUAGGCUGGAAAGGGCUUUGGGAGUUCAACGACAGUGACUACGAGUGUUGCUCUUUCAUUAUCGAUGUCUGGAUUGAUGCAAUUGCACAAGGAAGAUCGAAUAUCGCACCUGUCAAACUGCCCUGGGAUUUACUUCGGACCUUGAUCACCGAGAUGUACGGUGGCAAGAUUGAUGAUGAAGGCGAUUUCUCAUUGCUCAGUCAAAUUGUGAACAAGGUAUUCGACCCUGCAGCAUACGAAAAUGACCAUGAACUGGUGUCAGCUCCAGAUGAAGGUCAAGCGCUCAAAGUUCCUUCUGGGACAACAAUUUGCGACUUCAUGGUCUGGGUGGACCACUUACCUGAGCGAGAACCCCCAGCGUAUCUGGGGCUACCUGCAAAUGCGGAGAAACUACUAUUGAUGGGGCAAGGAAGAGAAACAAUUGGCAACCUUGCUAGGAUAUCGGACUUACUUGAGGAAGGAGAGCAGACGUUGUCGGAGGAGCAUGGCAGCUCCUGA